AUGACUGCUGCAGUCAUUUCACCGAGCCCGUCCACACUGGCUUUAUUAUUACUGGUAGUGUGUGAGGUUGUGGUGGGGGAAUCUCAACAGGAGGGGUGUGUGUACUUGGACCGCUCGCAGCAUGUCGACAAUGUGGGUCUCUCUCAGGAUGGAGAUGUGGUCAUCGGAGCACUUAUCAAUUUCUACAUGCAGCCACCGGCCGUUGACCUGAGCUUCACAGAAGAACCGCACCUGCAGCCCUGCUACGAAUUUCAGGAGAGUCCUGUGCAAUGGGCUCAGGCUGUCGUAUUCGCCGUGGAGGAGAUCAACAGAAACCCGUAUUUGCUCCCGGGGGUUCGACUCGGCUACCGGAUCAUGGACAGCUGCUCGCGCUAUCCUCAUAGCCUGAGAGCGGUCAUGUCCAUGAUCAGUGGAGGGAACGGCACCUGUGAGACCACCAGGCCUGCCAAGCUCAUCAUUGGAGACUCUGCUUCCACACAGUGUAUUAUUCUGUCCAGAGUUCUGAGCCCACUGCGUGUUCCAAUGAUCAGCUACCUGGCUACAUGUGUGUGUCUCAGUAACAGACGAGAGUAUCCCAAUUUCUUCCGCACCAUCUCCAGUGACAUGUACCAGGCUCGCACCAUGGCCCAGAUGGCCAAACGCUUCGGUUGGACCUGGGUCGGUGCCGUAGUGGAAGAAAAUGACUAUGGACUCCAGGCAUUGCAAGCGUUCAAAGAAGAAACUAAGGGUACUGGUAUCUGCCUAGCUUUUGUCAGCACUAUCUUCCGGGAGAGACUGGCAAAAGAUGUGGAUCGUGCUGUAAAGAUGGUGCAGAGCUCAUCUGCUCGUGUGAUCAUUGUAAUUGUGUGGGAUAUGGAUGUAGAAGUUUUCCUCACUGAGCUGGUUCGCAGAAACGUCACAGACCGCCAGUUCAUAGCCAGUGAGGUUUGGAGUACCAGUAGCCUUCUCUUAAACAACCCUGAGCUUAGUAUUUCUCAAGGCACACUAGGAGUGGCUGUUAGGAGUGCACCUAUUCCUGGAUUUGAGAAACACCUCCGUGAGCUCCAUCCCUCUCGAUAUCCUCAAGACAUGAUACUGAGAGUGUUAUGGGAGAGGACGUUUGGCUGCAGCCCAAGUCUAGAGGGGAUUCAGAAUGGCGUUACAGACGUCUCCAACUUAAGAGCCACUUAUAACGUCUAUCUGGCUGUUUAUGCAGCUGCACACGCGCUUCACUCUCUACUGGCCUGCACUGCACCUACCAGUUCUGACCCCACAGUGACCCCACGCUGCUCUGCUCCAGACAUCAUCACAACACAACAGCUAUUAGAGCACCUUGAGCUGGUGAACUUCACCACUCAUUUGGGAGAGAAGUUUUAUUUUCAAGAUGGGGAGACUCCUGCUGUUUAUGACAUAGUGAAUUGGCAAAAAGGUCCUGGAGCAAUGCAGUAUGUCCUCAUCGGCAGACUGGAGGGUCCUAACCUCAUCCUUAACGAGUCUGCCAUCAAAUGGCCAGGAAACUCAAACAAGGUUCCUGUGUCUGUGUGCACUGCUGAAUGCCCCCAAGGCACACGCAAAGUUAUAAAGAAGGGCUUACCGGUUUGCUGCUUCGACUGCCUGCCCUGCGCUGAAGGCGAAUUCAGCAAUGUCACAGGUUCACCAGAAUGUUAUCGAUGCCCCCCAGAAUUCUGGUCCAACCAUCUCAGGACUGCGUGUGUACCACGUGAGAUUGAGUAUCUCUCCUUUAACGAGACAAUGGGCAUCACAUUGACCACCGUGGCCUUGUGUGGUGCUGUGAUGACAGCAGCUGUAGGUGUGGUUUUUGUGUACUACAGACAGACUCCUAUCGUCAAAGCCAACAACUCGGAGCUGAGCUUCCUGCUCUUGCUGUCACUCAAACUCUGCUUCCUGUGUUCCCUGGUGUUUGUGGGUCAGCCCUCAUUAUGGUCAUGCAGGCUACAGCAAGCAGCGUUCGGGAUCAGUUUUGUUCUCUGCAUCUCGUGCAUUCUGGUCAAAACCAUUGUGGUUCUGGUUGCUUUUCGUUCAGCUCGACCUGGAUCUGCAGCCCUUAUAAAGUGGUUUGGACCGGGCCAGCAAAGAGGAAGUGUUCUGUUCUUUACCUGCAUUCAGGUGAUUAUCUGUGCAGUAUGGUUGUCUGUCAGCCCCCCAUUUCCUUACCGCAACUUAAGCAUUCAAGGGUCAAAGGUCAUCUUGGAGUGCAUGGUGGGGUCGGUUACAGGCUUUUCUCUGGUUCUGGGCUACAUUGGACUGUUAGCUGCAGUUUGCUUCCUGCUGGCCUUCUUCGCCCGAAAGCUUCCAGACAAUUUCAAUGAGGCCAAAUUCAUCACUUUCAGCAUGUUGAUCUUCUGUGCUGUGUGGAUCACCUUUGUUCCAGCGUACAUCAGCUCACCAGGAAAGUACAGUGUGGCUGUAGAGAUAUUUGCCAUUCUGGCUUCCAGUUUUGGUCUCCUGAUCUGUAUAUUUGCCCCAAAAUGUUACAUUAUUUUACUCAGACCAGAAAACAAUUCCAAGAAAUUUCUCAUGGGGAAAAUCAAAUAG